AUGGCUCUUUCAGUAUUCUGCCGAAAGUGGAGAUUCUGUUCUCUACCUCCACCAGUGGUACCAUGCCGGAGUUUUCGAUCGGACGCAGCUCUUGAAGCCCUAUCCAAGGCCUCCGAAGCCAAAACCCCAAGCGUCCUCGUCCUCUAUAACUAUCCUUCCUUCUCCGGUGCCUUCUCCGCACUCUUCGCACAUCUCUACCACUCCCGCCUCAAUCUCCCUUGCCUCAUUCUGCCUUUCUCGUCCGCCAUUCCCUUCCGGGUGGAAGAUGUGUGCAUUCAAGGACUUAAAGAGUGCUACUUUCUUGAUUUUCUUGGCCCAAAAGGUUUUGCUUUAGAGCUUUUCAAGCAAACAUCUUGCAAGGUAAUAGGAUUUGAUCAUCGUAAGUCGACGUUGGCGAAGAUUCCUGCUCCUAAGGAAAAUUUGAAUGAGAACCUUGCGUUACAUGUCAAUCUUGAGAAGAGUAGCUCCUUUGCUGUCUAUGAAUAUUUCUCUUCUAAGCUUUCAGAAAUUGUCUCGGAUGAUGAGAACAGUAUAGGUCUGAUAGAUCCUAAAGACCGAGAGCGUGUGGAAUUGGUUCUCAAGUACAUUGAAGAUGGAGAUCUUCGUAGAUGGAGUUUGCCAGACAGCGAAACAUUUAAUGUUGGUAUUCGUGAAUGGCGCUCGAAGCUCAACUGCAUCACUAAUCCACAGAUGUAUAAGCAGUUGAUGGAGAUGAGUGCCAUGGAUAUAAUUGCUGGAGGCAUCUCCUCUGUGUCUACUCGACAGAUUGCUGCAAACAAAUUGUUGGAUAAGGUUUUCAAAGUUCGGUUGGGCAGAGGCUUGUAUGGGGAAUGCCUGGGGGUCAGACUUUAUGGUAGUUCAGAUUUAAUUGAUGAGAUUGGCAAGGAACUUAGCAGAAGAAGUGCUGUGGCUGGACUAAGGUCUAUAGGAGCUGUUGUUUACAUGCAACGAAACAAUCUUAAAAUGUGUUUGAGGAGCAUGGAUGUCAAUACUGAUACUUCCGAAAUUUCUAAGGCUUGUGGUGGAGGUGGCUCUCCAGGUUCCAGCUCCUUCAUCAUCCGGAUGGAUGAAUAUAACAAAUGGCUCUCAUCAUGCUCAUCCUGAGCUUAUUAAGGUACAGAGAUGAAUUUUCAUCCUGUAAUAUAAAUAUUUAUUUUCCAAAUCCCAAACUAGGCUUAAAGAAGUUGAAUGACAUUGUUGGAAGGAAAUGGCUGUACAAUUAGUCGAACCAGCAACCGGCAAGGACAUUUCCUCAUGAAGCUUAGCCCAAUGGCUCUGUCAUUGUUCUCCCUUCCACUGUCCCCCACGACCACCAGUGCUACCAUGUCGGAGUUCUACAUCGUAGGCCAAAACCCCACAUGUCGUCAUCUUCUACAGCUAUCCUUCUCCUCACUCUUUGCACACCUCUACCACUCCCGCCUCAAUCUCCCUUGCCUCAUUUUGCCUUUCUAUUCCACCAUUCCCUUCUGGUAAGACUAAUACUACUAUAUUCACAUUUCCUCCAAGUUGAUUUUAUUGUCCCAAAAAAAAUGAAAAAAAAAAAAGGCUAGCAUGUCUAGCAGUAAUAUAUUUCACUAAUCAGUUUCUUUCAUAUAGUGUGGAAGAUGUUUGCAUUGAAGGACUUAAAAGAGUGUUACUUUCUUGAUUUUCUUGGACCAAAAGGUUUUGCUUUAGAGCUUUCAACAUUUCCAAAGCUUUUCUUGGACCAAAAGCAUUUUUGGCAUAGAAGUUGCAUAAGAAUAGGAUAUCAUAAUACAUCAAAGCAGCUGAUUGACAUAUUUUUCCUACUUAAUUGGGAUUGCUAUGGGCUUUGAGAUUUCUUGGAGGUUUAGCAUCAGAAUGUUGAAGAAAUAGUUGUGUACUAAAUGUAAGAUACCUAAAGUCCUCUGUGUUAAUGAAAAAUCCGAUGAGGCUACAAAUGCAGAUGAUGUGUAUAA